CGUUCACAACAGAUUACUUAAAUAGAGAACACCUGCAAAUAAAGAACCAAAGAAGAAAACUUGAGCUUGAUCUAACAUUCAAUGAGAAGAUAAAGGAUGGAUAUCAUUGUGAUUUCAUUGCUCAUUUUGCCUUGCCUGUGUAAUGCUGGCUCUACAGACAAUCUUGCUUUUGGAGCCAACGCUGUCCAGUCCUCCACUUACAAUGAAUUAGCAGAUGCUAAUCAUGCUGUAGAUGGUAACAGAGAAUCAAAUUACAUGAGGGGCUCAUGCACUCACACCGCAAUAGAAGAUAAUCCCUGGUGGAGAGUGGACCUCAAAAGGAUCUACAGUAUUAACAAAGUUAUCAUCAUUAAUCGUGGAGACUGUUGUGAAGAGAGGAUAAUAGGUGCUCAGAUCCGUAUUGGCAACAGUCUGGAUAACAAUGGCAACAACAAUAAGCUCGCUGCAACAAUUGGGUCCAUCCCACUUGGAGGCACACAAACAUUUACAUUUGACCAUAUUCAGGGGCAAUAUGUCAACAUCUUUCUACCUGGAACACAAAAAAUACUCACUCUGUGUGAAGUUGAAGUCUAUUCAGAUAACAUUGCUUUAGGAGCCAAUGCUGUCCAGUCCUCCACUUUCGAUCAAUUUGCAGAUGCUAAUCAUGCUGUAGAUGGUAACAGAGAAUCAAUAUACACGAGGGGCUCAUGCUCUCACACCGCAGGAGAAUAUUAUCCCUGGUGGAGAGUGGACCUCAAAAGGAUCUUCAGUAUUAACAAAGUUAGCAUCACUAAUCGUGGAGACUGUUGUGAAGAGAGGAUAAUAGGUGCUCAGAUCCGUAUUGGCAACAGUCUGGAUAACAAUGGCAACAACAAUGAGCUCGCUGCAACAAUUGGGUCCAUCCCACUUGGAGGCACACAAACAUUUACAUUUAACAAUAUUCAAGGGCAAUAUGUCAACAUCUUUCUACCAGGGAACGGGAUCUCUAAAAUAAUCACUCUGUGUGAGGUUGAGGUUUAUACAGCAGGUUAAGUGGCAUGAUGAAGUUACACCACAGUCCACCAAAAGAAGAAGAUAACAUCUCAAAAAAGUCCCUGGCCCUGAAUAAUUUUUUAAAUAAUUUUGGUAUCAAAAAUAAUGUAUAAAAUAAAUACAUAAAUAAGGAUGUUA